UGCUCUUGGUAUCCUUCAUUUUUCAGCUCUAUAAAAUAUUUCGUGAUUAUUAUGCUUCUAAUAUUCGCUUGAAUUUUCAUGCAAAAAUUUACAACUGAGCGCUCCUGUGACGUUGGGAGCUCAACGAUGUUUUGAUUCGAAAUAGAAUUUUUUCGAAAACUGAACUGAUUAACGAUCGCUUCAAUCAAAGCAACAACUCCUUAAUACUCUAAUUAUUUCACAUGAAUCAAUAGCUUCACGAAAGUAAUUCCCUAAGAGAGAGGACUGAACAUCAGAUUUUUAGUAUGAGUGAAGCGACGGUUUUGGUGAACCGAUCAGCUGGCUUGCCGUCUCUACUACUGCUGUCCUCUACCAGCGCAGACAGACGCAGGAUGUCCAACGAUACAACUUUAACAAGCAUGCAUCCGAGCCCUCAAGCAGGAUCAAGCUCCUCGUCUGCAAAAACAUCCAGGGAAAAUCAAGGGCAAGAAUCCCAAACAAUUUCCGACUCACCAUUAUUGAGAAAUUUUGUCGAUGCCUCACGGGCCAUCGACCGCCGCUCGCCUUUGAUCAAAGAAGAUGGAAGAGGCUCGCUUGACCAGCACAAGAACACCGGCGUCUUGCUGGACGUCCAGUCUUUGAUGAAUGGCGAAAAUGAUAUUCACUUCCAGUCUCUGGCUCUCAACAAAAAGGCCAUUUUUUCUCAGGCUCUACGGCCAAGCAAUGGAAAAGAAACCGAGGAGCCACUCGCUCUUCCUGCUUCUUUGCCGCGUUCUACUGACGGAAAGUACACACCUAUUUCCCCUACGACUAAAUCCUCCACUAUUCUUUCUUCGUCAUCUUCUGGAUCAUCAUCAUCUUCUUCCACGUCUUUUAUUGUAAGUCCAUCUCUCUCAACGGCCACGUCUGGAGCAGCAGAAUCUACGAAAGCGGAGUUGGUUCGAGAAAAUCGUACAGAAGGUGGAAUCGUUCAGUCACGAUUGCAAAACGAAAGCCAAAUUUGCUGCACCAAAUUUGACUACAGCAAGAACGGCAAUGACGCGCGCUCAUUUUUUGGAGACUCAAAUGGCACUAACUUCGGGAAAGGAAGUUCGCACGACGCUGCAGCAAGAGCUGGGCUGCAGCUCGUCAGCCCCAUAAUGGCUUGUGAAAAACUCGAAGAAAUUGUCGAGGAUGCGAGCAAUCCAAACGAAAGUGAGUUUUUACUGUCAUCUAAGACCAAGGCUUGCGACAGAAACCCUGUGGAUGAUUCUUCAGUCAACAAAGAUGACAAAGCCGCGCGGGGAUCUUUCUCUUUCACCCCGGAGACUCUGGAGAGAAGACACAAAUGCAGAGGCAAAAAUGAGGCUAAACGAAUGGGCUUUAUCAACGGCUCCGCCACGUCUAGAGCUCUUCACGUCACUAGAAGAUCGAGGUGCGGCCAAGUGUCCGGGGCAGAGCGUGGCGUGUGGCUGACGCUCGUGGUGGCGCUGCUCGCCGUCAUCGCCGCCCUCGCCACCGUCAUCCUCCUGCGCCCCCACGCCCGACAAUUUUUUAACGGCACCCAAGGGCGUCAGAACGCCCCCAGCAGCAGGUCACAGGUGCGGAGCUCUGUGUCGUCGGCGCCGCCUACAGGAGCGAAUGUUUGCUACAGUCCUGCGUGUCUUAGAGCCUCAUCCCGCCUCCUGGACAGCAUGGACAGAACUGUGGACCCUUGUGAUGACUUCUAUCAGUACACGUGUGGUCAGUACGUCAAGGACCACGUCGUGCCUGACGAUGCUCACUACAGGUCUGCCAUGCAGCAGAUGCAGGAAGACGUGCUCGUCAUCAUCAGAAAAAUGUUGACAGCAGAAGAAGAAGAGAACGAAACAGAGGCCAUGGGUAAAGCCAAAAGACUCUAUCACUCUUGCAUGAACACAAGCUUCACAGUUCACCAGCAAGACAUGGCAGACUCGCCUAUUUUUGAGAUAUUGACAGAGGAAAAGCUGGGCUUGUGGCCCAUCUUAGACGACAGAUGGACCGACGACAUGUACGAUUUGGAAGACCUGCUUGGACACCUCACGGUCUACCAAGUGAACACGUUCUUCGAUUCUUACAUCACGCCCGAUGAGAGAAACUCAUCAAUGUAUUCUUUGCAGUUCUACAAAGGGUCACCGGCGUUGUCGAGAAGUUACUACCUGAACACUAGCAACGAGGAAUACCGAGGCUACAUGAAGACAUACAGAGCCUUGCUCUCAGAGACGCUCGUGGCGCUCUUGCCUGGAGAUAGCAAACCAAAUGAAACUCACAUCGACGACCUCAUCGAGUUCGAGACAAGAUUCGCUAACAUCAGCGUUCUGCGUGCCUGCGAGACAAGCUCAGCUAAUCUCACGGAAGAGGAGCUUCAGCAAGCGGAGGACGAGACCAACCCGAGGCUGUCCGUGGCAGACCUGGAACUCAAGUUCCCGCAGAUCUCGUGGUCACGGCUGCUGCGUGGGACGCUGGUGCGUUUCCCAGACUUGGGCUUGGACGUGGAAAGCCUCGUGGUGACGCUCUACUGCAUCCCCUACGUCACCGAGCUCACCAGUCUUCUCGACGACACACCCAAAAGUUAUGGCUGA